AGUUCUCAACACUUAGCCCCCCCCUUUCCAAAACCCCCAACCCCCGGGGUCACAUAAAACCUCAGGAAAUCAAUUGUUUUCACCAAAAGAGAGUUUGGAAGAAAUUAAAGUGGUGACAGAUCCAUAAAUAUUUAGCUCUACCGGGAAAAAGCUGAUAAAAAAAACAUUGGCAAGCAGAAUGGAAAACGGAGUUAUCAACCCGCCAGCUCCAAGCUCGAUUAGGAAAAUCAUCACUGUUGCUUCCAUUGCCGCCGGCAUCCAAUUCGGGUGGGCUUUGCAGUUGUCUCUUUUAACUCCAUACGUCCAGACCCUCGGUGUGCCCCAUACAUGGGCUGCUUUCAUAUGGCUCUGCGGUCCCAUCUCCGGUCUUCUCGUUCAACCCAUUGUUGGAUACAACAGUGACCGUUGCACCUCUCGGUUCGGUCGACGCCGACCCUUUAUCCUUGCUGGAGCCGCCUCGGUAUCCAUCGCCGUUUUCCUCAUCGGCUUCGCCAAAGACAUAGGUCACCAUGCAGGCGAUUCCUUGGAGAAACCGACUAAACCCAGAGCCGUCGCUAUAUUCGUCAUUGGGUUUUGGAUCCUCGACGUCGCUAACAACAUGUUGCAGGGUCCGUGCCGAGCUCUACUCGCCGACUUAUCGGCUAACGACCACAAAAAAAUGAGAACAGCCAACGGUUGGUUCUCGUUUUUCAUGGCGGUCGGCAACGUGUUGGGAUACGCCGCCGGUUCUUACCCCCACCUUUACAAGAUCUUCCCUUUCACGAAAACAAUAGCGUGCGAUAUCUACUGUGCUAACCUCAAAUCGUGCUUCACGAUCGACAUCGUAAUCCUCAUUCUAGUCACGGUGACCGCCGUCACGACCGUGAAGGAAUCUCCGUUCACUAAGCAAGUCGACGAGGACGAGACGAAACAGGCCUCUCCCUUCGUGGGCGAGAUCGUUUCGGCUUUCAAGAGCCUGAAGAAGCCAAUGUGGAUAUUGUUGCUCGUGACUUGCCUUAACUGGAUAGCCUGGUUCCCAUUCUUAUUGUUCGACACUGAUUGGAUGGGGACCGAGGUCUACGGAGGCAAAGUGAAAGGCAACGUACACGAAGUCAAGAUCUACGGCGACGGUGUUCGAGCGGGCUCGUUCGGGUUGAUGAUAAAUUCCAUCGUCUUGGGGUUGACGUCGCUGGUUCUGGAGCCGGUGGGGCGGUUGAUCGGCGGGGUAAAGAACGUGUGGGCGAUCGUCAACUUCAUCUUGUGCGCGUGCUUGGCGUCGACGGUGUUCAUCACCAAGGUUGCCGAGGCAUGGCGACAACACGCUGGGCCCGUACUUGCCCAUCCUCCAGCUAAUGUUCAAGGAUCUGCGUUGGCUGUAUUCGGAAUUUUGGGCAUUCCACUUGCGGUAACAUACAGUAUUCCAUUCGCUCUGGCAUCCAUCUAUUGCUCUUCUUCUGGUGGUGGUCAAGGUCUUUCCCUAGGAGUGCUAAACAUGUCUAUAGUUAUCCCACAGAUGUUUAUAUCGGUAAUUAGUGGGCCGUUGGACGAUGCGUUUGGGGGAGGCAACUUGCCUGCGUUUGUGUUCGGGUCAAUAGCGGCGGCCGUCAGUGCGUUGCUGGCCAUACUGGCGUUGCCCAACCCGCCAAAACAAGUAUCCCUUUCGCCAGGGAUGGGUGGCCACUAAUAAAUAAAAGAUCUUACCAUCUGCAUGCAUGCGCCGCCAUGUUUUUAAGUUUAUAAUUUGCUUUGGUGUAGCCUUUUUCACAUAAUACUUGCUUCUUCUGAUUCAAUGCAAUCAUGGCUCGUCCCCAUGCCUCCUUAUGUAUUGUUUUUAAGUUCUAACAUAUAGGCAAAGUUUGCAGGAAACAAAAAAAACCCUUUUAGUUUCCUGUCAAGGUUGUAAUCUAAGCUUUGUAUUUUCGUAAAUGAGACUUUUGAGCAGUCAAAAAGUUGGAAACAACUAUUGAGUUAUGUUUG